GGAGACAGACGCUGAUUGGAUUCUAUAUCGAGAGUAAGGAUAUAAAAAGGAGAGGUUUCCGUUGUCAUAUUUACAGUUGUACACAGAGCGCUCUGGAAACAGGGAGACUAUGAGAAAACGCAGAUGCUUCACGCAACCACAUGGUUUAUCAGCAGCACAGACAAGUGCUCCACACAGCCAGGUGCACGAUAAGGACUUGCACUGCUGUUGCCCACAGUGUGUUCUAAACGCAGCCGGACGAGUUUUCAACCGUACAGGCAGUUGAGAGUUGCUGUGAUUUCUGGAUUAUUGUUUUUUUUUUUCACUGGUACAAAAAGAAAGAAAGAAAAAGACUAAAGGAACAGAACUGAGGGAACGUUUACCUCCAUAUUUAUCAAUGGUCUGACUUUGCAACACCUAAAAGUGAGGCUUUUUUUGUGAAGACCUAACAGGCAAACACACUUGAACUUUUUAAAAACACUGUUCUUAGCAGGGGUUGCCAGACAUAGCAAAGGAUGGUGCAGCACAUGAGCCAGACAGAGAGCGCCCACGCUCAUUCCCCCGGUGGAGACUCCACGGAUACUGGUGAAAUGGACUUGGAAAUGGAUGCGUCUCCGACCUCCGAAUUCCCCUCAUCCGGGGAGCGGAGCGACUUGGCAUGGUGCAAAACUCCAACGGGGCACAUCAAGAGACCGAUGAACGCAUUCAUGGUCUGGUCACAGAUAGAGAGGAGAAAAAUUAUGGAGCAGUCACCGGACAUGCAUAACGCAGAAAUUUCCAAGAGGCUGGGAAAGCGCUGGAAGCUGCUCAAAGACACUGAUAAGAUCCCGUUCAUCCGGGAGGCGGAGCGGCUUCGACUGAAACACAUGGCCGACUACCCAGACUAUAAGUACCGUCCCAGGAAAAAAGUCAAGUCAGGGAGCGGAGCAAGCAAGCAAGCAGACCGCGGGGAGAAGUUCGGGGAGCGCAGCGCAAAAGCAACUGUGAGAAGAAACCUGGCGUCCAAGGGAGGGAGCAGGACAAACAAACAAGGAGGGUGCAUGAGGAGUGCUGUGGGGCAGGACUGUGCGUCUGCCGGUGACCACCACGCGCUUUUCAAAUCCAGGUCAGUGUCUGGAGCAAGACAGAUUCCAGAGAUGCGCACUGAGGAGGCAAGGCGUGGUCACGUGUUUGGCGGGGCAGGCAGCCUGGACAGCGGGCCACCAUCCGUGGGAGUCCCGGCCAGUCCAACCCUGAGUAGCUCGGCCGAGUCCAACGACCCGCUCAGCUUAUAUGAGGAGCAGAGCCCGAAAGGCAGCCAGUCAUCACACACUGCGCGCCUCAGAUAUGCGAGAGCCUGUUCUCCAACACCGUCAGCCUCUCACUCUUCCUCAUCUGUGUCCUCCUCAUCAUCAGACGAAGAGUUUGAUGACGAGCGGAUCGAACCGAACCCGAGCUCCAGAUACGAGACUAUGUCUCUGGGUGGCAUGGGCUUCUCUGACUCUGAGCUGGACCGGGAUUUGGACUGGAGUUUCGGAGAGUGUGGCGCGGGGUCGCACUUCGACUUCCCUGACUAUUGCACCCCGGAGGUCAGCGAAAUGAUCUCAGGUGACUGGCUGGAGUCUACCAUCUCAAACCUGGUGUUUACCUACUGAAUAAAACCGUUUGGGAGACAAACUGUGACGUCCCACGAUGUGAACCAUUAAACCCACCCGGGUAGGUUAUAUGGAUGACCAGACCAUACUAUUUUGACACUUCUGUCAGUACAGACCGAAGGAAGAGGGAGGUCAGUAAAUUAAAGGUGGUCUGUGUGCGUAUUGUAACGACGCGCCUCUCACAACCUUGCACAACUGAGUGCGUUUGAUGGAGCGCACGGAUAGGGAAAAGCGUACUUUGCAUGUGGACACGGAGGAGGAGUGAAUGUAAGCAAAGAGCACACGCUGACUUCACCUCACAUGUUCAAUUCAAUCCUUGAAGGAUGAGGACAAAGACUGAACUUUCUAUCUUUAUUUUAUUUUGGGGUCGAGGCACUCUCUGAGGAGCUGACACUGAAGGGUUUUGUCUAAGGCUUAGGAAAUCCUCAUUCAACAUGAAGUCGUUAUUGAGGUUAAGUUUAGUUUUUAUCAGAUUCUAAAUAGUUUCGAUAUCAACACGCAUGCCCUCUUCGUUAGUGGAGACUUUUUAGGUGUUUAAUGCGUAAAAUAUUAUUGCUGCGUAAUUGCGCAAUUUGUGUGUCCAAAACACACGUUCACUAUCACCAGCUUCAAUCUCAACGGCAGGACGAAAACAGACUGACUCAAAACUUCAGAAACUCUUUUCUGAUCGCUUUUUAAAAAGUUAGUGCACAAUUCAGGACCAAUGUUCUCCGACACGCAUCCUCUCUGCCUAACUCUCCGACUUUGUAGUCCCUGUGUGUCAAUGACGUUUUUUAUAUUGUUGUAUUUAUACAGGCCAAAUGUUUUUUACACAUAUAAGUAUUGUCCUCGUGCAGGUCUCGUUUGUGUUUGUGCACAUACGCCUGUCUGUAUCCAGCGCGGAAGGGCUAGAAGUGUGUCUUAUUCUAAGUGUCUGACGUUUCUCACUCUUCAGAAGAGUGUGCCAUGAUUUUCUACCUGUAUUUUUGUAUAAAUCCUAUGGGGCAGGGCUUUCUGACAAAUAGGUAGCCUGCAACAUUGUUGCACUGUUGUUUGGAUCUGCAUCAGUAUUUUGGGGGUGGGGGGUGGAGGGGUGUUGACACAAUCUGACCUCACACAGUGUUUACAGUAUUUACCCACAUGCUUCUUAAUGGCACAGUGACUCCAGUUUCACCAGCCAAGUAAACAAAGCACCACUGAGGCUCCCAGUUUGAGUGGUUGCUGUUUCCAGCAAACAUAGAUAGAACUACGGUUUAUGAGUGUAAUACACCAGAGUCACUGUUUAGAUGGAGCUAAUACCUCUGUAUGCUUUUUUUUUUUUUUUAUUCAUAGUUUUAUUCAAACCACUGGAUGGAAUUUCACUCAUUCCACUUUGCCUAGACUUUGGAGGGAGAGAGGUGUAUGAAGUGCUUCAUCUGUUAUUGCGCAAUCUACAUCAACAAAUUGUAUUUAACCUUUCUGUACCUGUUAGCGAAGUAUAUCAGGCUAAUUGUUUCCCUAUAUUAUGGCAUGGCGAAUAGCAUUUGUAUUUCAGAUUCAGGUAUAUGUAGCUAUAGCUGUUGUGUUUAAGAUUUUUAAAGAAUAACAUGAAGAUAUUUAUGUAAACUUACUGUAUUAUAAGCAAAGAUUGUGUUUUAUGUUUGAUUAUGACCAACAACAGGCACUAGGACAACCAUCUUUGGACACUUUUGUUGCUGAAGAUGAUUGUGAUCAGGAUUUUUUUUUUUUGAACUGUUAUUAUUUCUCUUUGAAGCAUUCUGUCAUCCUUUUUCAUUUGUGCAAUAUGAUGUGUAUGAUUCUGUUUUGUCUAAUCAUGCCAAUGUCUUUUGAUGUUUAUAGCUCAAUACCAGCAAAUGUUUGGGUCAAUCACUGCCUCUCAGACCUCUGUACAGAUUGUUGUUUUAUAAUUCUUUUUUUUCCUCCCAAGACAGAAAUAAAAUCAGCUGGAACUGAAAAA